AAGCCGCCAAUUGCUAAUUCCAAACCAAAACAAAAUCCCAAAUACAAAAAAUCCAAAACACAGCCUUUUCUUUACCAUUUUAGUCCUGUUUUUGGUCGAUGAUCAGAAAUCAAAACGGGUCGACCCGCCGGAUUCUUACGUUCCCGGCGGUGCAUCCUUACAAAAACAUUGACCCAACAACGCUGAUUACUUCAAUUACAGAUCUAGCGCUCGAAAUCUGCGAAUUCAAGUCUAAAUCUUUCUCUACCAAUGCAAGAAACGCCCGCGAAACAAUUCGCCAAGUCAGCAACUUCCUCUCAUGCAUUGAGGAAUUUCGGGUUGAUUUCGGUUUUGGUAUACUUGAUUCUGUUGUGCUCAGCCUAUCAGAGGUCCAUUUGACUUUACAGAAAGUCCGGUUCUUGUUGGAAGACUGUACCAGGGAAGAUGCUCGUUUAUUUAUGAUUACGAAAUCGGAUCGGGUCGCGAGUCAGUUCCGAGCAUUUGUCCGGGCUAUGGCUACAGGUCUGGAUGUUUUGCCACUUGGAUUAAUUGAGGUGCCAAGUGAAGUAAGGGAGUUGAUUGAGUUGGUUAUCAUACAAGCGCGAAAAGCAAGAUUUGAAGUUGACCCGGACGACAAACGGGUCAUGGAAGAUGUUAUCUCGAUUUUGAAUCAGUUUGAAAAUGAUGUCAUUCCUGAUAGGAGUGAUAUAAAGAAGGUUUUGGAUUACGUUGGAGUCCAAGAAUGGAGUGAUUGUAAUAAAGAGGUUAAGUUAUUGGAUGCAGAGAUUGGAUUUGAUUAUGCAAAUGUAGAGAAGAAAAAAGAAUUGGCUCUUUUAAGUAGCUUGAUAGGGUUCUUGAUAUAUGCAAGAUGCGUGCUUUUUGAUUCUGUUGAUACUAAAGUCACUCGACAACAGCAGCAACUUCCUACUAAAUGCAGUAAGGAGUUGCUAAGUAUCAUUAACGUCGACGAUUUUAGAUGCCCAAUAUCACUAGAGAUCAUGAAAGAUCCUGUCACAAUAGAGACAGGACAUACGUAUGAUCGAUCUUCGAUAUUGAAAUGGUUCAGGUCUGGAAAUCCUACUUGUCCAAAAACGGGCAAGAGGCUUGGAAGCAUAGAGCUGAUCCCAAAUUUACUGCUCAAGGGGUUGAUUCAACAAUUCUGCAUUCAAAAUGGGAUCCCAACAGCUGAGACUACUAAAAGCAAGAAUCGUGACAUAACAAGGACCGUUCUUGCAGGAAGUUUGGCAGCUGAGGGAGCUACGAAAAUGGUGGCUAAUUUUCUUGCUGACAAGCUUGAAAAUGGAGAUAGUGAAGAUAGGAAUAAAGCUGCUUAUGAGAUUAGGCUUCUUAGUAAAGCAAGUAUUUUUAAUCGUUCUUGCUUGGUGGAAGCUGGUGCAAUUUUAUUUCUAUUGAAGUUGUUGCUGUCUAAAGAUUCUUUGUCUCAAGAGAAUGCCAUCGCGGGUUUGUUGAAUCUUUCGAAGCAUUCAAAAAGUAAACCUGUGAUUGUUGAGAAUGGAGGAUUGGAGUUGAUUGUAAAUGUUUUGAAGACGGGGUUAAGAAUGGAGGCUAGGCAGCAUGCUGCUGCUACAUUAUUUUACCUUGCUUCAGUAGAGGAGUACAGGAUAUUGAUUGGGGGGAGCACUGAGGCUGUACAGGCUUUAGUAGACUUAGCUAGGGAAGGAAAUGAUCGUGCCAGAAAGAACGCAUUGGUUGCACUUUAUGGAUUGCUUAUGCAUUUUGGUAAUCAUCGGAGGGUUAUUGCAGCUGGAGCAGUUCCUUUGCUUCUUACUCUUUUGACAACUUGUGAAAAAGAAGAAUUAGUAACGGAUUCUUUAGCAGUUUUAGCUAGUCUAGCAGAGAAACCUGAUGGGGCAAAAGCAAUUCUCCAUUCCGGUUCCUUGCCUCAAAUUAUGGGGGUUUUAGAUUCCUCCACUUCAAGGGCAGGAAAGGAGCAAUGUGUGUGUUUAUUGCUGGCUUUAUGCAUCAAUGGUGGUACAGAUGUGGUGGCUAUUCUGGUCAAGAGCCCUUCUCUUAUGGGAUCAUUAUAUUCCCAAUUGAGUGAAGGCACUUCUCGAGCAAGCAAGAAAGCAAGCGCUCUUAUCAGGAUCCUCCAUGAAUUCUAUGAGAGGAGUUCCUCUAGCUCGAAGACUCCAGUUAUUCCUCGAGAACGAUUUAUUCAUGUAUGGUAACCCAAAUUUUUUCGGGUUUUCCAUCAUUAUUUUGUUUUAUUGCAAGCAUCUCUCCAUGUAAAUAAACUCAACUGUGGGGGGAUGGUUUCUUUUGUAUUUUAUAUUGUGAUGUUGGCUCAGUUUUUUGAAGAGCUAAUAUCUACAUUGGGCUUCUGUUUUUAUUUAUGAAGCUUUGUACACUUGGGCUUCUGCUUUUUUAUGAAGCUUUGUACAAACAUGUCAUUAUGUUGUAAUUCUUUGUAAGAAUAAUGUUGUAUUACAUUGAUGUAAAAAUUAGUCAUCGGAAGAUGCAAUAAAAGCAAGAAAAUUUUAUUCA